AUGCAUAAGCAAUGGUUUUUGCAAAUUAUACUGACCAUUACUGUUGUCUAUGGUGAAGAAAAAAUUUUUCGAACUAAACGAUACAGUUCAACACGUCCAAAUCUUUGGACAACUGGUUACAACAAUCUACCAAAUGAACAAUAUGGAGCCGCCAUGAUUUUACCCGCAAAUCAUUACCCUGAUUAUACGUCAUCAAUACAGCAACAAUCUUUUGGGUUUCCAACAAACAUCUUUCCAGAAGGAUAUCGUCCAACUCAUUCUGAUAUUGAAGCAUAUACAAAAAAUGCAGCUGUUGAAACAAAUCGACAUAGAGCAUUAGCUGCACAUUUGGGGUUACCGUCACUGCUUGACAGCACCGUCGACCGUGACAGCAGUCUUGAUCGAUUACUGGCAAAUCCAUCAGUUUCUGGAACACGGGAAGAAAAUAAAUCUCCAAUUUUGCCUUCAGAUGGAUUUCAUUCAGCUCCAAUGCCAAUUUCACAAAGCAGUAUAACAAAUCCGCUAAAUCGAUUUGGUGGAAACAGUAAUAUUGGUGGUAUUGGUGCUAUUGGCGGUGGUGGUGGCGGUGGUGGUGGUCGAGGAAUUUUUGGUGAUACAUUAUCGUAUAAUGGUAUGCAAAAUCAUCGAUACCCGAAUGAUUUUCUGAAAGGUGCAUCUAGUUUUUCGACAAAAAGUUUAUUUUCGAAGACAAACCCAAGCAAUUUUCAAUAUUUGAAUGCUGAAAAAUUGAUUACACCAGGUCAACGGCCAAUUACUGGCAAUACAAAUAGAUAUGAACGACUUCAUGUACCCAAACGUUUAGACUAUUUUAGUGGCCAUGAUACCGAUUUCCGUAAUGCCGAUUAA